AUGGCUCUCACCGUCCAGGCAUCCCCGUUACCCCCAGCGCCUCGCCCCGAAGAUAUCUUCUCCCCGGCCCAGUGGGAGACUCUUCUUGCGAUUGCAGACACCGUCAUCCCAUCCAUUGGGUGCACAGGCACCGCGGACUCCUCUACCACCCAUCUCGUCUCCCAGCCCCAGUUUGAUGCCCUCGUCUCUUCGCUCCGGCCGGCGGCUGUCGAAGAUGAGUCUGAGGCUGCAAAGGCUGCUGUGCAGUACCUGGACGAGAGUGCCUCCUCCAUUCCCGGAUUCAAGGAGAGCAUGUGUCGUACUCUAGCACUGCAUGUCCACCAGGAGGGCCUCAGGGGCAUCAAAACCAUAUUGGCGGGACUCAACAACUUUGCGGUCUCGUUUGCGCUUACAGGGUCUCGGACGCCCUUCCAGCACCAGCCUUACCAUGUUCGCAGGCAGAUUCUGUCUUCGUGGAGGUCCUCCUAUCUGCCUCUGCUGCGUGCUGCUCACCGGGCGCUCGUCGCCCUCACCAAGAAGUCCUGGGUCGGCUCUAGCCCGUCUCUGCCUCUCGUUCUCGGCUUUCCCAACGUCCCCGUCCAUGGAGCCACGUCGGAGGGCUUUCCCUAUUCCUUCCUCCAGUUUCCGGCCGGAGAUGGACCCGAGAUCAUCGAGACGGACGUUGUCAUUGUUGGCAGCGGGUGUGGUGCCGGCGUGGCUGCGAAGAAUCUCGCAGAGGCUGGCCAUCGAGUCAUCGUGGUAGAGAAGUCUUACUUCUUCCCUAAUGACCACUACCCCAUGUCCGGCAGUGAAGGUGCUUUCCAUUUAUUCAGCAACGGUGGAGCAGAGCUGUCGGACGAUGGUUCGAUAGGCGUCGUCUCUGGCUCGACUUGGGGCGGAGGCGGUACUAUCAACUGGUCGGCGUCGCUGCAGACCCAGUCGAUGGUACGGGAGGAAUGGGCUAACUCUGGCUUGCCUCUAUUCACAUCUUCUGCCUACCAGACCUCCCUUGACCGAGUCUGUGACUACAUGGGUGUCUCCACUGAUUUCAUCCAGCAAAACCAUGGAAACAGCGUGCUGAUGGAAGGUGCUCGCAAGCUUGGAUACUCUGCCAAAGCCGUACCCCAAAACACAGGCCAUCAGAAGCACGCCUGCGGAUACUGCGCCUUGGGAUGUGCCGCCGGUAUCAAACAGGGGCCCGCCGUUACUUUCUUGGCCGAUGCAGCAAGGGCUGGAGCUACCUUUAUCGAAGGUUUCAAGGCUGAAAAGGUGCUCUUUGGUAGAAAACUGGUCAAGGGCAAAAAGGUUGCCAUCGGUGUUCGAGGGACGUGGACUUCUCGGGAUGCCUCUGGAGCAACCCAUGGUAAACCGGCUAUAACCCGAAAGGUCGUCAUCAAGGCGAAAAAGGUUGUGGUUUCAUGUGGAACGCUUGAGAGUCCUCUGCUGCUUCUCCGUAGCGGACUCAAGAACCCGCAGAUAGGCCGCAACCUUCACCUUCACCCAGUUAUCAUUAUGUCUGCCAUGUUCGAUCAUGAAACUCGGCCAUGGGAGGGCUCCAUUUUGACGUCCCUUGUUAGUGACUUCGAGAACCUCGACGGCCGUGGCCACGGCUCAAAGAUCGAGGCAGUCGUCAUGCUUCCAAACUUCUUCCUUCCCCUGAUGGCAUGGGAUAAUGGCCUCGACUACAAGAUCUUCGCCGCCAACGCCCGCCGAAUGGCAGGUUUUAUCAGUCUGACCCGCGAUCGAGACACCGGAAGAGUAUACCCUGACCCCAAUGACGGAAGAUGCCGCAUCGAGUAUACCCCUUCUGCCUUUGACCGCAAGCACAUUCUAGAGGGCAUCAUCGGCGCCGCAAAAAUCGCAUACGUCUCCGGUGCGAGAGAGAUAAGAUCUUCAUCGUUAGCUAUCCCGACUUUCACCCGGCCGGAGACAUCUUCUGAUGCAGCGGAUGAGGGUGUCAACAAUGCCGCAUUCCAGGAAUGGGUCAAGAAACUUCGUACGGGUGUCCCUCUGCCGACGGAACAGUCUAUGUUCGCAAGUGCCCAUCAAAUGGGUACAUGUCGCAUGGGGAUUUCCCCAAAGACAAGCGUCGUUGACCCCACGGGCAUGGUCUGGGGCACUUCUGGCCUUUACGUCGCCGAUGCCUCCGUCUUCCCAAGUGCCAGCGGCGUCAACCCCAUGGUAACCAACAUGGCCAUCACAGAUGUCACAAGCCGUAAACUUGCCUCCAUCAUGAGCCAUGAUCCAGAAGUUAUCAAGUCGCGGCUGUAA